AUUGGUGGGAUAGGGAUGACAAUUCCUUGUGGUCAACUUUGGAGGAAUUUGACACUGUCGUCGUCGGAUUUGCGCUUUUCCGUUUUCCUGCCGCUACGUUGGCUGAGAUCAUCUGACAUUUGGUGGAUUACAGUUUGAAGUGCGCUUUUGUGUCUGAGCCCGUGGUCAUUGACGUCGUCGAGUCCUGGUGUUGGCACAUAAAAAAGGAAGAAUUAAAAACAGCGGUGUGAAACAAUUUGGGAUAUUAAACGACAGCGCUGCCGUGCAUAAAGCAGGUAUCUUACUCAGAGUGACAUCGCCUGGUGAGUGGGGAGUGAGAAUCGGUGCGGAAAAAAGUGUGUGGAAUUAAGUUUGGUCGAAAUACAUAAAGUGUUAAUCUACCCCGAGUGCUGUCAUUGGCGGAUGCCCGGCUGAGUUUGCUGAUUUUUGGCCUUGUGAGUCGAUUGCGUGCCAUUCUUUAUAACAGUGGAUAGGAUUAUAGAGUGAUCCAAGUUUAUUGCGAAAAGUGAAAAAUCGGGGAUUUCAAAUUCAAACAACAACAUAAAAACUAUAAAGGUGAGAGUUGUUGCUGAUCGCCAGCAAAUAUUCACUCGGUGUGUGCGAAAUUGAAAAGUCCGAUGCGCAGCGCUUCACUUCGAUUCCCUGGCUGUCUAGUCUAGCGCAUUGGUGGGUGGCGCCGAACGUGAUAGUGAAUGCAAGCGAGAAUUUAAAUUAAAAAAGGAUUAAGGGAUUAAAACAGUGCAUCGACGUGGAAAAUUCAGUGCAUGUGAGCACACACACAAAAAGUCCCAGUUCGUUCGGGAACAGCAGCGUGUUUCGACACUGACUGGUGUGAACCUGCGGAGCUUUAACCGGAUGCGGAGCGAAAAGUGUUAAUGCAUUUAAACUGCUGAUAAAGAUGGCGAAAACUGUGCCAAAUUAUUUUCCAUCCGGCCGGGCGACACUGGCUCUGAAUUCCGACGUCUGAAGAUCUACUGGGCGGAAAACGAGGACGACGACGACGACGGGUCUAGUCGCCGCGUCGGAGGAAAAUUGAAUGAAGCUGUAAUCACAUCGUUGACGAGCGAAAUUGAGGCCCCAAACGGACGGUGCAGGCGGACUUUGGGGUUUGUGGCGGUGGUGGUCUGAACUGGAAGGAAGGAAGGAAGGAAAAAAGUUAAGCAAGCGAGAAAAUUACGAUAACACUGUUUGGACUGUUUGGGCGAACGAACGACGGAACGAGCACUUCGGUAUAAACGGAGCAACGCGAUUAAUUUUACGGAUGGAGUACGAAAUUCGGCGAAAAAGUUUUUCCCGGUGUUGAUCCUGAACUGCUGACUCUGUGUUCGUUGUAACCACCACAACGCGCCCAGUUGGACCGCGCCCGGCUUGGACCGAAAUUGAUGAAGUCACUUUCGGAGAGGACGAAGAAAAAUAGCCGGCAAACAGAGUAGCUCUGAAAAGAAAAUAAUUUAUCGGAACUACCUUCAUACACACAAUCUUCGGAACUCAGAAUCAAGACAAACCGAUCGUGCAGUGCAAAUAAUCAUAAAAAGAAACAACAGUGCGGGGGAAUAAAUGAAAAAUAAAUUUUAAGUUUACACCCGGCUGGGGCCUGGAACAACAAAAGCACAUGCACAGAAAUAAUAGUGGCAUACAAGUAAUAAUAAAGCAGUUUCCCUCCGUCUGUACCAUAACUCCAAGGUGGCAGGUGGGUGAAUGUUUGCUUUUCGGGAUCUAGUUGAAGUAGUGCAUACGGAUAAUGCUGCCUGCUGGUGUGUCGGUUCUUCGGAGACAGAGAAGCAACAGUAAAUAGUGAAACCUACCUCCAGGUUCGAAACCAACCGUAGAGAAGAGAUCAGAGUCGGUGGUCCAAAUACGCCGGUUGUGUCUGUAUUCAAGCGGGCUUACUACCCGGUGUGCUUAGUGUGACUCGUUGGGCCCGCCAGCCAGAAGUGAGAAAAGUUGUCGGCUCUAGAGGCCUCCCCACACCCGGUGCCGAAAGAAGACGUGCUGGCCGUGUUUGUGUCCGGGUGGUUGGUUGGUGGAAAAUCGGAGCAAAUUUUAUAACAAUAACCACAACAACAGUAAGUGUACACAGUGCACACAUGCAUGCAUGCUGUACCAAGCACUUGUGAAAACCGAAUAAGGAAACACCGGAAGCCAGGGGGAGAGAGAAAGUGAGGUUUGAAACCGGAAAUCCCUUCAGAGAUCUCGGCUUCCACGCUCGCAGAUCCGGUGGUGCGGUGGGUAGAAGUGUGCAGUAGUGAGUGCUUUUGUGCUUAACGCGAGCAGCAGUGGCAGCAGAAAAUUUGUCCUCCGGCUAAGGAGAACACUCGGGAAAGGAAAGACGCCCGGCGCGCACUAAAGGUGGAAAAUAAUGGCCGGAUAUGUGUGUCAUAUUUUACUAUUCUUUCUCUUCGCCCAGGAAACGGCUUACGGCACAUCGUACGGUAACUCGCUGUCCGAUCCGCUGUCAGAUCCAGACUUUAUCGACAACCCACCGAUGAUUCAGCCCAAGUUCACCUCCCGGUCCCAGUCGAUAAGGGCCGUCAUUGGCGAUACGAUCACGCUACCGUGCGAGGUAGAUAAUCUGGGCAACAACAUUCUCCUAUGGCGACGAGGGAGUGCCGUCGUGACGGCAUCCAACCUCAUUAUCACCCGCGAUCUGCGUUUCAAGCUGCUCAAAGGCUACACGCUGCAGAUUAAGAACGUCCGACCGCAGGACGCCGGCGACUACAGCUGCCAGGUCGGCGACCACGACAACCGGGAUCUGGUGCACACGGUGGAAAUCCUCGUGCCGCCGUCGGUGCGUUCCGUACCGGAAACGGGCCACGUAACGGUGCGGAAGGGCGGAACGGCCACGCUCGAGUGCAAAGCCAGUGGAAAUCCCGUGCCCAGCAUCAGCUGGAGCCGAAAGGAUUCGCUGCACGGAGCGCCCCAUCUGGCCGAGGGACCGACGCUCACGCUCGAGAGCGUCAGCCGGCAGGACAGUGGCACGUACCGCUGCUUUGCGGACAACGGCAUCCGGGAGCCCGUGUUUGUCGACUUGCAACUCAUCGUCCUGUCUCCACCGGAAAUAACCGUUGAAAAAACUUGGGUUCACGCUGGAGAGGGCUACGAGGCGCAACUGGUCUGCACCGUCCACGGCGAUUCAACUCCUGAGUUCACGCACUUGCACAAUUUACAGAUGAUGUGGUACCAGGAUUCGUUCCUCCUGCACCCGAACGAUCGCCGCACGAUGGACUCCAGAGGGGACAAGCACUAUCUCACGAUACGGAAUGUGCGCCAGUCUGAUUUUGGCAAUUACAGCUGUGUGGCGGAAAACACCCUCGGACGUGCCAAAAAGUACAUCGAAAUGUCCGGCCGACCGGGGCCAGCGCAGUUCCACUCACCCAUGUACAGCCGCUACCGCGAGAUGUACAACCUGACCUGGAGCGUGGAGUCCUUUCCGCCGAUCGAGGAAAUUCGAUUACUGUACCGAAAGUUAAUGAUGAACGAGUCUUAUCAGCAUCCGGGCAGAUGGCACGACGUCAUCCUGAAUCCACCGUCGACCCGGGCCGAAUCCUACCGGCACAUCAUGACGUACACCAUCCGGAACCUGGACCCGAACUCGGUGUACGAGACGAUCGUGCAGGCGAAAAAUCGAUACGGCUGGAACGAGGUCAGUGACAUCUUCCAGUUCUACACCCUGAGCAGCGACAUGCCGGAGGAGGACGUUGAGCAGACCCUGGGAUCGACCGCUUUUGGCAAUCCUUUCGGUUGGGCCAACAGAGCUCAAUCAAGUAGCUGUACCAGUUGGCUGAUUGUACUCGGAAUUUUAUUGCUGCAAAGAAUAAUGCGUUUCCUGUAAGAAUUUUAGUUUUCAAGUCACUAAUCUAAUGUGGAUAUAUUUAUUUCUUAUGUGAUAAAAGAAGUUUGGAGCAUAGAGAUGUGAGUCUUAAGCUUGAUCAUAGAGAAGAGAUUCAAAACAGGUGUCCCAAAGGGCAUUUCCUUUUGUAAUGACUUUGAUUAGGUGAAACAGAAAUAAAAUAAGAUUGCUAAAAUUUGAAAAACUCAAUUCGAAAUUCGACUUAAACAAACGACGAAGAAGAUGAUAUAAAAGAUUUACAAAGACAAGAUGCUAUGAUGUAGACAUAAGAUUCAAGAUACUAUAACUCAUUCCUUUUGUAAAAUAGAUUCUAAUUUUACCGCUGAUAGUCUGACGAGGACUUCUAGAGAGACCCCAAAAGUAAACUACCGAAAAACAAAUCGAUGAGAAGUAUAAUUACAAACCUGUAAGUGUAAACUAGCCGUAAGUACAUGUCCUAGUGAAAGCAAGCGAGCAUUCAACCGUCAAUUGGUUGGAAUCAUCCUUUGUGAAUAAUGUGAAACCGCAGCAAAAUGGUACCCAUUUUUUAAAUAAAGUAAUUUUAAAAACCCGA